GCCGUGCGCAUGUUGUUGUUGUUGGCCAAUCGCCAGGAAGGUUUACACCAGCACAGCCGCGGCUUUAAAUCAGUGCAACACCAGCGGCCACCGGCAACGGACUUGAAACUUGAACACUUAUUCGAGCGAAUACAAGCAAUAUUUGCGGAAAAAAUAUUAUAUAAUCGAAUACUCAUUACAAGUGUUUAAUUUGAAUCGGCUGUGGUGCAAAAAGUAACGAGAAAAAUCCAUAAAUUAUAUUCGAGCAUUAUUUUUUCCAAAGGCGCGCGCAUACAAACCGACUUUGUGUAUCCGCAGGAGACAGCCGCCAGCGCGUAGAAUCGAGAAGCCAACGUGUACGCCGCGUACUGAAUGCAAAAUCAGUUAUUCAAUUGUUGUGCGCGCGAUUAAGGGAAACCAUUGAAUUUAAAUAAAUAUAAUUCAAUUGCGCAAAGGAAUUCCUGUAUUUGCCUUUUGUAUUUGCUGUCAGCGAAGCCAACAAAUUAAUUCAAUCCGCGCUCACACACUCGUCCCACCAGCGAACACACACGCACAACAACAAGGCAUAGCGCACCGAAAUGUUGCUGAAAUUCCUAUCUCUGGCAUAUGUGCUACACUUGGCAGCCGCCGCGCCGCAGCUUCUCACCUUUAGAGACGGCAAAUUUGGUGUAAAUUUCGGUGGUUAUCACGCUGAGGCGGGUCUGGGUGGUCUACUCACUGGCGAUGCAGCGCAUGGCGGCCUAAGCGCUUCGGCUGGUACGCCGUUCGGGCAAAGGGCUGGUGCUGGCUUAGGGGGCAGUGUGGACGGAAAUGCCGCUGGCGUACUGUAUGCCGGUGCUGAGGCCAAUCCACAGCUCGGUGCUGGAGCCAUUCUUGGCGGAGAUACCAGCAGAGGUGGUUAUGCGGGUUCACAAGCUUUUUCCGGCGGUAGAACCGUGGCAAGCACAAAAAACCACAUCUUUCCGGGAACUUUCAGCAAUCAAGUGGACGCAGUGACUAGUGGUCCCAGUGACACAACACAGUAUGAUGGCAUUCAAAAAGUCCGACCACCGAAGAAGUAUCUUAUCAAACCCAGUUAUGCCGCUGAAGCUAGCGCCAGUGCCAACGCUAACGCCAACAGUAACAACAAUGCAGGUAGCGGUGUCGCACACUCGAAACAACUGACCAGACAAGUGGAGAAGAAUCAAUUCAAUUUCGCCACGCCAUCGCCGCUACCCGAUAUCAACCUGAACGUCGGCCCAGCGGUAGUGACCAGUGCUUUGAACAUACCGAUUGGCAUUUUGCGUUCUCUGCAAGAGUCUUUGGGUGGACUCGCUACUGCCAGACAGGGAGCGUCUGCAACAAUUAACUAAGCGACGAAUUUCGAUUUAUUUUACAUAUAUGCAUUAAAGAAUUAUCGAUUUUGUAUUUAAAGUUGUUCUGAAAAUUCAAAUAAAAUGCG